AUGACACUAUCCGUGAAGACCCUCACUGGAAUGACUAUACGCCUCGAUGUCCAAUCAAGUGAUGUAGUUGUCCAACUCAAGGCGACCAUUCAGGAUCGCGAAGGCAUUCCUCCUGACCAGCAGCGACUGAUAUUUGCUGGAGCAGAACUUAAUGAUGACAGAACUCUUAAGGAUUACAACAUUCAAAAUGAAUCCAUCCUUCAUCUCGUUUUGCGUCUGCGUGGCGGAGGA